AUGUUGGGCAAUAUCUUGCCGAAAGGAAAAGCCUUUGCGCGCCUACCCGGGAAACGGCCAUCUACAGAUGUGAGGGGCGUGUCUAGUGAGAGCGAUGGCGACUCGCUACAUGGGUAUGCGCGGCAGCAACACAUGUGGUCGCCCGUGAUAUUACGCUCCGUGUCUCUGGCUGUGUUCGUGGUGCUAUUCAUAUGCUUUAUUAUUGUUAUCGAGGUGUUGUAUUCAGUAUCUACUCGGAAGGAAGGCUUGAGCACGAGUGAGGAAAGAUAUCAUUAUCUGUGGACCUAUGGCCCGACCGCAGUUCUUACGAUUGUCGCGGGGUUCUGGGGUCAGGUCGAGUAUCGAACGAAACAACUUAUGCCUUGGAAGCUCAUGAAUCAAGAACCAAAACCCGCUACACGAUCCUUGCUGCUAGAUUAUGUGUCUGACUGGAACGUGGUCAUCCUGUUUCGUGCCCUGAAGCAAUCAUCCUGGGCUGUUGUUCUUGCCGUUCUCGGAACACUGCUCAUCAAACUAAUCACCGUGGUCUCGACUGGUCUGUUCAUGUUGCAAAAUGUCUACAUGAAGGAUGUUCCAACAACACUCGCGACGCAAGCGAGCUUUGACGGUGCUGGGUAUAACGGUGCCAAGGUCGAUGGAACGGCUGCAAUGGUUGUAGCUGGGGCUUGGUGGCUUAACCUGUCAUACCCGUUGGGAUCGACCGAUAAAUAUGCCUUCCAACCGUUCACAACCUCCGGCAAGAAACUCGGUGCCGAUGCUGUCAUUUCAGGAACAGUCGACAUGUUCUCUGCUGAUCUUCAAUGCGACGUGGCCACUGUCGCGAAUUGGACUUCGGGUUGUAGCACACAAAUGUGUGAGUAUGAUGAACUCAAUAUGACACUCAGUACUCCUUCCUGUUCGAAAUAUCCAUUUACAAGCUUUGAGAAAAGCUCCUCUUCGGUUGGGGGAUACUAUGCCGAUGUAUUCAGCGCCACAUGUACGGAUACAGAUUCAACGGAUAGUCUGAAUCAGAAACGCCUGAUUUUCACCGCCGCCCACUGGUCUGAGAACAGAACCCAAAUCCAGGCGCUCGUUUGCAGUCCCAUCUACACCAUAUCGCAAGGAUCCGUCUCGCUGCUUUACGGAAAUCAAAGUGUGACUAGUAUCCAAUCAUAUAACAACGAUACUAGCAACGGAACAAUUUCAGGGUUCGAGGGUAUGGAGCUAGGAACAGGACUUAUUUCUUCCCUAUCUCUGGCUGAGGACACCUUGGAUACGCUAAACUACGUGGAUACGUCAUCUCAUGCCCUUACAACCUAUCAAUACAACCUUUCGGACCCGAACAGCACCUAUCCGAGUGCAUUCUAUCUGGUCGCCAAUCUGACCUCUCCCCAUACGAUGAAGGACUUACUGGAUGCAUCAAUAUUGGAAAAGGUUUCCCGUCCGACAUUCAGUGCUAUGGCUGCCCAAAUAGCAAGGCAAUACCUACUGUAUUCUGCAAACGAGAAUUUCGCAGGGACAUACUCCGCCCAUACCCAGAGAGUGGUUGUUAGGGAGCUCUCAGUCCGAAUAAUGGAAGCUACCCUAGCAGUAUUGAUUAUUCUGACUGCAGCGCUAUGGCUCUGGAGACCGGUUCACUGCACGUCGCGUGAUCCUGGCACAAUUGCUGGGCUAGCAAGCAUAAUGAGCCGCAGCCCCAAAGUGUCCGAACGGCUCACAGGCUGCAAAAACGCGCAAGACCUCACCACCAACCUAUCAGAUGGGAGGUUCUACACCCGUGUCACAGAUAACGAUGGCUGGGGAACAUUUGGCAUCGAGGAAGACCAGAAAGCAACCGAAGCGACUCGUCCUGGAGCCAGCUCUGGCCCACUGACCUGGUGGCGGCCAAUUUCGGUAAAGGUCUGGUGGUGGAUCAUAUCCAUAGUGCUCCCACUUCUCAUUAUCGCUGGAUUAGAGGCAUCAUAUCAGGUAUCCGCCCGUCAGGACGGACUCGGAACUGUCACCUCUGGUGGCUACAUCCACUACAUCUGGGCCUAUUUGCCGGCACUGAUAUUCCUUAUCGUUCGCAUCUUCUUCGACUGCAUCCACUUCUCUGCCAUGGUAUUCCAGCCGUACCUGGAGCUCCGACAGGGUGGCGUGACCGCACCGGGCAGCCUUAUGGAAAAUCACCUGUCUAAGCUGACAUUGUUCUCAUUCUUUACUGCAAUCAAGCGGAAACAGUGGGCCGUGUGCGCAACAGGAUUUACCGUCCUUCUAGCCCCUGCGCUCACAGUGGCGGUCAGUGGGCUGUAUUCAACACAGGACAUUGUAUACACACGCCCUGCUUCCAUUGCGCGAACUGACACCUUCAACACGACCAUCAGCCCUCUUUCUUCCACCACUACCGACCCUGGCCUCGGCCUCACAGGAGCCCUUGUAGUGGGAGCCAACCUAUCAUACCCCGCUUGGACGUAUGACGAGCUCGUUCUCCCUACGCUCAGUGAGGCAUCCCUAACCGAUAAGGAGGGGGUGGUUCAAACCAAUUCCUCCUCUUUUAACAGCACAUCCGAUAGUCCGAUUCUCCUCAACGUCACCCUCCCAGCCCUCCGCGCCAACCUCACCUGCGACGCACUCCCCCAAGACAUUGUUUAUUACAUCAGGCCUGCCGAGGAUUCCUUUUCCAUGUUCGAUCUGCGUAUGCAGCUCGACAAAAAAUGCCAGGGUGUCGACACCGCCACUGACUUCACCAUAUCAACCGACUACCCCAACGCAACACGCACUACAUUCGGUGCCUUCAAAUACCUCAAAGAUGCAAUCGAUUUUGGCGACUGCCAGGCGCUGAUGGGAUUCUACGGUGUGAUAGAUGGGAAUUCCACAGCACAGAUCCGCGGCUUCACCUGCAACCCGCAGAUCGACGAGGUCGACGCGACAAUCUCGUUCUCACUCCCAGGUCUAGGAAUCCAGUCUGCGACCGCGGAUGACUCAACCAGCCGAGGCUUUUCAACAAAUAUCUCCACCACCCUUGAAUUCGAAAGCUUCCUUUCCCAGCCUGUCAACAAGCAAGACCAAGCGUUUGACGCCUUUUUCUCCGCCAUGCUCAAUGACCAAAAAUCCCUCUCUUUGUCUGACAUCACUGACCCAUCCCACUACUCCACUGUCAUCAACGCAACGGAACAUCUCUACCGCACCCUGAUGGCCCAGUCCAUGAAUGGCAACGCACGAAUCCCAUCUAGUGACAACCAAACUACCUUCCCUGGCACAAUUGUAGACCCGAAUCGUACCCGUCUCACGCAAAGUGCCAUAUCUACCCGUAUUCUUGAAGCUUUUCUCGCAGCCAUGAUCGUCUCCACCCUAGUGGCAUCCUACUUUAUGCAAACCAAAGAAGUCCUUCCUUUCAACCCGUGCAGUAUUGCUGGCGCGGGGGCGUUGAUUGCUGGAUCGGAUGUGCUGAAGAGUGAUACAUUACCUGCUGGAUCGGAAUGGUGCGAUGAUAGGGAAAUGCUCCGAAGGGGUUAUUUCUCUGGGUUGGUGUUCGGGUUAGGAUGGUGGGCUGGGGACGACCCGAGAUUUGGGAUAGAUGUUGGGCGGGCAACAGAAGAGAGGGAGUAGACUUCCUUUAUAUUUUCCACGGUUUAUAUGAACAUGAAAAAAUUAACAAU